AAUGCGAAUUCUUUGACAGCUGUCAAAAUUGUUUUGACAUUCAUGUCAUAUAAUCUCGACGAAUACCUUGAUUUAAUCAUUCAUUAAUUCACUCUACUCCAUCUCGUGCGUUUGCAAGCUCCAAAAUGAAUCAUAUUUCAAUUAUGCUGAAAUCGGUGAACGAUGACUGGAAGCGCAUUCAUACUUCAACACUUUCCAGGAUGUCGUUGCAAAGUAUAGCGAGGGCGUCCAUAGGUGAGACAUUGACUGGAAGACUGAUUCAGGCUGUGGCUCAAAAUGUGCGCAAGGAUAUUAGCCAAAUAGUAGCCGAAGCUGCGAAAUACGCUCGCCGUACACGUUCUUCGAAAAUUACAAUAGAUCACUUGCUGUUUGCUCUGGAGGAACACAACAUUAGUUUGGAUCUUCUACAUGUAAAUUACGCGAGCCCAGAUCCGAUUGAGACAGAUAAACCCAUCUCUAAGCCACCAAUUAAAAAAUCAUCACUUGAUCGGGCGUCUCGAAAAGAUGCAAAAAGACGAAAAAGGGAACGCGAAGCGCCGUUCGAACCGUACGACAGUAAUGCACCAUUAGAAGAGCGCAACCGCUGGCUGAAGCGCGAGCAAGUACUGCUCAUGUCAAACAAAAGAUUUCCCUUAUCCAAGGAGCAGCAAGAGUUCUUUCUGGUAAUCACGGAGGCGUGCAUGGGUAACUCCGAGUUUGCACGCCGAGAGGCGCUGCACAGUCUAAGGACCGAUUCGUCACUGCAGCCAAUGCUCUACAGAUUGAGUCUGUUUAUUGGCGAGGCGGUCAAGGUGAAUGUGGCACAGAAGAACUUUGCUCUGCUGAUAUAUUUGAUGCGCAUGGUGCAAAAUGUGCUGUUUAAUCCACAUUUACAGCUACACAACUAUCUCCACCUUUUAGUACCAUCUGUACUCUCCUGUGCUGUGUCUCGGCAAAUCUGCGCCUUUCCGACGGUUCAGAAUCAUUGCGCGGCGCGCGAAUAUGCUACCAACAUUAUGGCCGACUUUAUUAGGGCUUAUGGCUACCCCGGAAAUGAUAUUCUGCCAAGAGUUAUUAGCGUAUAUAAGAACGGGCUUAAGUCUUCCAUAUUAAUGACUAUUUAUGGUUCCCUCGUUGGAUUAAGCAAAAUGGGCAGGUAUGCAAUACGUGACUGCGUUAUACCAGAAAUUCGAUCUUUAUCGGAAGGAAUCCAACCGUAUUUGAUCAAGAUUGACAAUGAUAAUGCGGAAUAUAAAACUGCGGUAUAUAUACGGCACAGACUUUUGAAAAUGACCGCUCCAAUUCUUAAAACCAUACAUGAUACAUCCGAAGACAUUGUUGAGUACACAAAACGAUAUGGGCUUUUAGGAUAUUCAUUGUAUGAUGCCGUUAAAUUGGACCGCUUUGUGGAUAAUCUCAUCGAGGAGAUCGAAGAAGAAAAUAUAGCACAAAUAAAUGCAGAAAUAUAAUUUUUUUUUUUUUUUUUUUUU